CGGGCGCGGAGCCGCCAUGCCGCGGCCGGUUGCGCUGCUGCUGCUGGUGCUGCCGGGGCUGAGGGCGCUGGAGCCGCUCAGCGUGGGUCUGGCCAUCGGUAUCGCCUCGGCCCUCACCGGAUACUUGUCCUCCAACCCCCGCUUCUACUGCAACUACGUGGAGUGCUGCCCCAGCGCCGGGCACCGCCUGAACGCCACCGCGCUGAAGGAGCGGCUGGAUGCCCGGCUCUUCGGGCAGCACCUGGCCAAGGACGUGGUGCUGAAGGCGGUGAUGGGCUUCAGCAACAACCCCUGCCCCAAGAAGCCGCUGACGCUCUCACUCCAUGGCUGGGCCGGCACCGGCAAGAACUUCCUCAGCCAGAUCCUGGCGGAGCACGUCCAUCCCGCCGGCCUGCGCAGCAAGUUCGUCCAUCUCUUCCUGGCCACCCUGCACUUCCCCCACCAGGACAGAGUGAAGCAGUACAAGGAACAAUUGCAGAGCUGGAUUCGGGGCAAUGUCAGUGCCUGUCCUCACUCUGUCUUCAUUUUUGAUGAGAUGGACAAAAUGCACCCAGGUCUCAUGGAUGCCAUCAAGCCAUUCUUAGACUAUUAUGAAGAAGUGGAUGGGGUGUCCUACCGGAAAGCCAUCUUCAUCUUCCUCAGCAAUGCAGGAGGUGACUUAAUUAAUAAAGCAGCUCUUGACUUCUGGACAAGUGGAAAGAGCAGGGAAGAGAUUCAGCUGAAAGACCUGGAACCCAUGCUAUCUGUAGGAGUCUUCAAUAACAAGAAUAGUGGACUGUGGCACAGCAGCCUCAUCGACAGGAACCUCAUUGACUAUUUUGUCCCUUUCUUGCCCCUGGAGCACAAGCAUGUGAAGAUGUGUGUCAGGGCUGAAAUGAGAGCCCGUGGCUACGCUGUCAAUGAGCAGGUUGUCCAGGCUGUGGCUGAUGAGAUGACAUUCUUCCCAAAGGAGCAGAAAAUCUACUCUGAUAAAGGCUGCAAGACUGUACAGGCCAAGCUGGAUAUUCAUGAAGACGUUGCCAUGAACAACAUGAAAGCCAAGGGCUGAUUAUCACCCUUCAGGUCUCCAGAGCACUUUCAGAGCUUUUGGAAAUCUGUGUAUUUGCACUCAAGCUUUUUUAUUUUACUGUUGCAGGGGCUAUGGUGAAGUUACCAGAGUGAGCUGUGUGGGCUUUUGAACUUUUUUUAACAUCUCACUGUUCAUCUCUGAAGUGGCUGCUAUCCAAGUGUUGCCUCCUUUUAUUCUUCUUUUAACCUAUAGAGAAUUUCUGAGUGUGUCACUUAUGUAGCACUGGAUACAGCCUUUCCUUUAUUCUUCCAAGUGCUGGGAUUAUUAAGUAUUCCUCUUCCCACACAAACUAGACUAGAGCAAAGAAGAGAGGAAUUCUUCCAGGCAGUUGUAUUCCCUUCCUUGUACAGGGUCUCACUGAUGGGUUAUUGAAAUGGAGGGAUAUGUGGUGUGUUCAGGACUGAUUGUGUCUGCAAGGGUGAAGACCUUGAUGUGCUGCAAGAUGAUGAUGGUAUGGUGGGAAGCUUCCCAUCCUUCACAGCAGGCUGUGAAGCAUGUGCCUUCUACAUCAUCUAUUCAGGGACAGAAGGGUGUGAUGAUAGUUUAUGUCUUGAGCUGUGGCAUCUAUCACAUCUGCACCAGUAACAUGGAAAGCCAUGACGAGCUCAGGGAAAUCUGUUACUAAAUAGUAGAGAAAGGGUGAGGUGGGGAAGGAACUGCUGGUCCCUGUAGAGAAAGAAACUGUAAAAAGACCUUUAUAUUCUUUUAAGGGGGUUAAGUGAAUUUGUUUAAUAACUCCAGGGUGUUACACCCACUAGCCUAGGAGAGGGUAAUGCUACUUUCACCUUACUUGGAAGACACUUUCAUGGGAGAAGUUAUUUUUAAUAGUGUAUUUUUAUACUGAAGUGUAAGCAACAGCAAUACAAAGAUCUUCCUAGAGAGCCACAGAGAAGGGAGUUCGGGAGCAAUCAACAGUCCCAUACCUCCCUGGAGAAGUAUGUUUUAUAAUAGUGGAUUUUUUUUAAAGAAUGUCUGUGUGCAAGGGUGAGUGAUGGGUUAGAAAACUGGGAAAGAUGAUUUAACCUUCACCCAACUCGGUAAGGCUGGGCUUUUAAACUGUGUUGCAAGCUUUAACUCUUCAUCAUCCAUCACUUGUGGCUUAAAUACUGCAGUGCAAAACAGAAGUGCCUAUUGCUUGGUUGAUUGUAGUAUGUUUUUUUUUUUAAAACUGUAUGAGAGUUUGGGCUAUUUUUGUGCUGCAAAACCUUUAAGUCUCACUACUAUUAUGUUAAUUCAGAUUAUAAGAGAGUUUAGCAUUUAUGUCAACCUCUAAAUUAAGAGUGUCAAUUGCCUUUUACAGCCCCAUGUGGUAUUUGUCAAAUGCUGGCCAACUGUUCACACUGAUGCAACCUCCAGAGCCAUUAACCUUGGGACAUUGGACUGUUGCUUUUCAUGUAUAAUGUUUUGCCUAUUAACUGAUCUAUUCAUAGGUGUAAAUGCUGCAACACUUGUGCAGUUUCAACACACUAAACACGACUACUGUAUUGCAGCUGGAAUAAAUCUUAAGUCACUUUC